AUGUAUCUGGCCCGCGACCAGCUGCAUGCGAAUGAUUGCCUGCUCCUGAAGAAGACUCUGCAAGACUACGCAAGGUUCUUCAGCUCGGCAUGGCGGAACACGCCUCAGACAAUCAAGGAUACAGACCAUGGCGAGCUCCUCCAGACCUACGACGCGCAGCUUGCGGUGUUGGAGGAAGGUUUGCCGAGCCGCUUUCGCCAGACUCUAAACAAGGUCAGAUCGCGCCUCCCGGAGCUCUUUGCCGGGGACUGGCCGAUGGUGCCCAACCACAUCGACCUCCGGGAGAACAACAUCCACGUGGACACGAUUUCAGGCAGUCCCGUCGGUAUCUGCGACUGGAAGGACACCGAGGUCAGCCCGUUUGGCAUGUCGCUUGGCGGGUUCGAGGCCAUGCUAGGGAUCAGAAGAGUCAGCGUGGGCUGGACCUAUCUCCCCAACCAUCAGGCUCUUCGCGAUGUAUUCUGGGCGGCGUUUAAGGAGCUGAUGCCGGGCUACGACGACCGCGUGGAAGUUGCGAGCAUUGCUGGCCUCUUCCUGGACAAUGGCUUUCGGCAUGACGAGGAGGGCAACACGGUUCCGGCGCAAGAGGGAACGGAUGACUUGAUUUUUCUCGAUGCAGUUAUCCUGGGGAAUUUGUCACAUCAACAGCGGCCUAUCGAACGAAAUAGUAAAGGGUCAAGGGUACACUCGGAGAGGAUAUCCGGCUAA